CUUUGGAGCGCGCCUACAUACAUGCAUGUCGCCGCCAGACCAGAGUCCGUCACCGGCUGUUCUCAACUGCCCACCCCUGCUACGGCACAUCAAGACAUGUCGACGGUUCCCACCUUUAUUGGCCCCCAUUUGUCCUCGUUAACGUUUUCCCCCCACAGGUCCACAUUUCCUUGGCCCGGCAGCAAAGAAGAUCAAAGCCUGCAGACGAUCUCUUCUGCACCUUGGACGGCCUUAAGCGAGCUUCCUUCUGGCCGUCGAACAUGCGCUUAAGCAGUCUGUGAUCACCUGGUGACAAGACUUUUUUUUUAUUUACGAAAGAAGGAAGGUAUGGAAACCCUGAUCGGCAAGCAUCAUUCCCUUGCCCUGACCAAAACAGAC